UCCACUUCAGUUUAGGAAUGACCAACGUGCAGAGGAACGCAAGAAGACUCGCUCUUUCUCCACUUUGCGCAGCGUCUGCAGCCAAAUGCAGCACAGUCCAGCUCUUCACCAGCUUGUACGUGGACCUUCCUGUUGAUGGGGAAACACUAAACUCCUGUCUUACAAGUUGUAGGGGAGCUUUAGAGAGACGCAUUGAGCAGCGCUGAUGUGAGAUCCAAAUUAAGGAGACAUGUCUGCCGCUCAAGGACUUCUCAACAGCGUCUUCUCCUGCUCCUCUCCUGCCUCCAAAGCCAUAACCAAACGGAGGCUACGCCAAACCCGGAGCCUUGACCCCGCUAUCAUAAGACACUGUGGCACCGGGACUGAAGGAAUAAGUGGCGCAUCGUUUUCUGGAGCGUCGGCUGCGGACGCAACUACGUCUCCAGAGCGCUUAGCUGCGAAACCGGCUUUACGCACCAAGAUUCCGACACUAAAGGAGCCCAUAACACCGUCCCUUUCCUCUCCUUCCAUACCUUUGGAUGUUUCUCCAUCCUCCAACUUCCACUUUGACUAUGAUAUAGUGAAGCGUGCCAAAAGGAAUACCGCCGGGGAUUUACCGUUUCUGGUGAGGGGACCCGGUGCAGCGCAGUCCGGGAGCACCGGCACGCUGUUCUCCCCGCGGAGGUGGCUUCAGAGGAAAGUGCAGCCGUCCAGCUCUCACGCUUACGUUGUGUGGAAAUCAGAGGGUGAUUUCACCUGGAGCAGCCUGUCGGGACGGAGCGUUCGUCUGACGCCAGUUGCCAUCCAGAGCCUGUCGGAGCUGGAGAGGGCCAGGCUGCAGGAAGUGGCCUACACCCGUUUACACCAGGACUAUGACCUGGGAUGUCAGAUAACCAUGCCGAAAGAUGGACAAAAGAGGAAAAAGUCGCUGAGGAGGAAGUUGGACUCUCUUUCAAAAGAGAAGAGCAAAGACAAAGAAUGCAUACCCCAGGCCUUCAGUAUACCGCUCUCCCAGGUCAUUGCUAAUGACAGAACACACAGGCAGCGUCAGGACAGCUAUCGUCAGGACCCUCCACAGCGCGAGGAGCACAAGGACUCCUCCGACCUUGUCUCGUCCAUUUUACAGUUUGCCACCAAGCGGCCGUCCAAUAAGGAGUUAUCCAGCAGUAACUCCUCUUUGAGUUCCACAUCGGAGACAGCCAAUGAGUCAACGUCACCCAACACGCCCGAGGCUGCACCACGAUCACGCAGGAGGGGAGGCAUGUCAGUGGACUCGAUCACAGACCUGGACGACAACCAGUCCCGCCUGCUUGAGGCUCUGCAGCUCUCUCUGCCGGCCGAAACGCCGAGCAAGAAGGAGAAGCACCGGGACAAGAGGCUGAGCCUCAAUCCCAUCUACCGCCAGGUGCCCCGGGUGGUCGACAGCUGCUGUCAGCACAUCGAGAAAAACGGUUUGCAGACCGUGGGCAUCUUUAGAGUGGGAAGCUCCAAGAAGAGAGUCCGACAGCUACGCGAGGAGUUUGAUCGCGGCGUUGAUGUCUCGCUGGAUGAGGAGCACAGCGUUCACGAUGUAGCUGCUCUGCUGAAGGAGUUCCUCAGGGACAUGCCAGACCCGCUCCUCACCAAGGAGCUCUACACGGCCUUCAUUAACACCACAUUGUUGGAUCCAGACGAGCAGCAGAAUGUUACUCAGCUACUGGUCUACCUGCUCCCAGCAUGCAACAGUGAUACGCUCCACCGCCUCCUUGAGUUUCUGUCCACCGUGACUGACCACGCCCAUGACCGGCAGGACAAAGUUGGACAGGAGAUCACAGGGAACAAGAUGACGUCUUUGAACCUGGCCACUAUCUUUGGCCCCAACCUGCUCCACAAGCAGAAGAACUCAGACAAGGAGUUCAGCGUACAGAGCUCAGCCAGGGCCGAGGAGAGCACGGCCGUCAUCGCCGUGCUGCAGAGGAUGAUCGCCAGCUACCAAACCCUCUUCAUGGUGCCUCCUGAUCUGCAAAAUGAGGUUUUGAUGAGUCUAUUAGAGACUGAUCCAGAUGUGGUGGACUAUCUUCUGAGAAGAAAAGCAUCACAGAGUCCCGACCUGUUGCAGACAGAGGAGCCCUUCACCCUGAGCGAGCGCCGUUCCUCCAGCGACUCUAACAAGGCAUCCAGCGGCGAGGUGUCUCCUUAUGACAACAACUCCCCGGUCCUGAGUGAGCGGAGAGGAGAGCCAGGAAGCGGCGGCGAGCAGCUCUUCCGUGUCCCAGAACAGUACACUCUGGUGGGGCAGGUGGCCGGCUGGAGCAGAGAGCCUGGAGCUGACACUUGGGGUGCCAAAGACACUGUAUCAGAGGAGCAUGCUAACAUUUGGGGGACGUGGCACACUACUCUGAAACCAACACUCAAGGACCAACCAUACACAGGUUCCCAUGGGAACAUGUCAGAGGGAAGCUCCCGCAGCUCACAGGAAGGUCUCGACGGACUCCAUGGCGAAGGCAGACAGCAGGCAAAGCUACAUCGGACUCAGACAGCGCCUGGCAUCACCGAGUGCAGACCCCACCCCCCGGUCACCAGAGUGUGUACCACCCCUCAUGUGGAGACGGGACCCCUGCAGCUCAACGUCAGCCCCUCCGUGACGUCACACCUCAACAGCACGCAAGGCCUCCAUCGAGCAAGUGGACACGGACUUAACCCGAUCUCCAGACCUCAAGGCGGGGCGAACACCGCAGAUGGUGGCCCUGCUAUGCUUAACGACAGCCGCUCUCCUCCCCCUUAUAGCGCCCACCAUCGACUGGCUAGUUCGCAAAGUUCACCUCAGCUCGCAACAGCUCAGCGACCCCCUCUGCAGCACGGGAGGCUGAGCGCAGCGCAGAGUAACUCAGCCUCAACGACGGAGGCCCAAAUGGUGCCGCAUAGCCCAGAGUGGCAGGACUGGCAGAGGGAACGGUGGCAGAUCUGGCAACUGCUGUCCUCGGACAAUGCCGACACACUGCCUGAAACGCUGGUGUGAUCUCAGACCAUGAACUCCAGCAGAGUUUCUGCUCUGCUAGCCAACCAAUGGCAUGAUCAUACCCCUCCAAUGACAAUCACUCAUUAUCCCUACCUUCAUUUCACCUGUCAUGUUUUCUCUCAGCCUGCCUUUCAUUCAUUCAUCCACGGAUUUCAUCCUUUCCAUAAACGUUCUGUGCUUCUCCUGCAUCUUAGCGCCAUGGCGUUGUUGUUUACGUGUGCAGCUGCUGCCUUAUACAGACUUUUACAUCCAAGAGCCACUAGUAUUUCUUGUUUAGUAUGGAUGUUUAAGUUGCUUCUGUUCCUAGCCCAUAUGUUUUGUCCAUUAAAAAAAUGCCCACCAGAAAUACCUCAAAAAACUAUCCUUUCACAACUCUUCAGAGUUCAGUCUUCUUAUCUCAAUGGAGAACAAUAGGAAAACAUUUGUUCAUUUAGUUUGUUAUAUUUUCAUGUCAUGUCAUUUUUUUAAAUAACAUUUUCACCAUACAGACACUAAGAUGUGCACAUUAGUAAUUGCUGCUAAAUGUAGAAUUUUUGUGUGUGUACUGGUAAUGUAGUUCAGCCACAUCUAUCUAAAAAGAUCAAAUGUUGAAUUACUUGUCAACGUCAGAUUAUGUUUGACUGUAUAUAUACAAACUGUUAACAAACAUACAUAAACAAUAUAUAUAUGUAUAUUGACAUGUAAAGUAUAUAAUUUGUCAAUCUACUAAAAGUAAGUCAGCCCUUUAAAUGGCAGUCUAAAUGUUGGUGUUUGUCAGACUGCUGUUGUUUGUCUUUAAUAUUGAAUGUAAAAUACUUCAUUUAUGGCAAAAUGCUUCGACCUAAUUAUAAAGCACUCGACUGUAAGUUUGCUUAUAUGUUCUCUUGCCACAAUGUGCCAAAGUCUCUUUUUUACUUCAGGAUAUUUAUCGUACAGUUGUGUUCAUCCAGUUCAUUUCUGAAAGAAACUCGAGCUGAUAUCAACAGUAAUACAUUCGCAUGAAUGACUCUCUGACUGAUCCAUUUUAUUAUGUCUUUCAUUCUAGAUUGAAUAUUCCAUCUGGGUGCAGACUCAUUGCCUGUAUAAGAGGCUUGAUGCAUUUUCUAGGAAUCAUUAAAAUUCACAACAGUUUGAUGAUUGUGCAGUGGUCCAACUGAGGUGCUGGGGGAAAAAAAAAGUUUGCUUAUAUUUUGUCACUUCAAUUCCAAUGUUGUUGCUAAUUCAGGUGGGAAAAAAACGAAACUUUUUGAAUACACCCACCACCAACCUGUCCAAAUCCUCUCAAAUGUCACAGUCAAGUGGGUAUUUGCUGGCAAAUAUUUCACAUUUUCUCAAGUUAUGGUGUAAUAUUUGCUCAUUUGAAGCCACUUCAGCAAUAAAUCUGGAGAUGCACUAUGUAUGAUCUUCUUUUUCUUUGAUUUGCUCAUCACUUGCAUGUGACUUUGAGAAGUCAAUGGAAGAGAGCUGCACAAGUGCAAGAAGUGGAAGGAUUGUGGUAAGGGUUAAGGCGCCAUCUAUUGUCAGACCAUGUGCAUGAGCAUGUUGCUGCAACCCACAGUUCACUGUUACCAUGGGAUCCAUCUGUGCUCAGUUUAGAAUCAGUUAGCUUGUGAUUAUAAGCACCUUUUGUGAAAAUGUGUAAAUCUGUGUGAGGAAAUAAAUAAACGUGCCAUAGGUGUUGCUCUUAAAAGUUGUUUCUCCAUGCAUUGCUCAAGGUUCAUAUUUUGUUGAAUUUUUAUAUUACUUUUUCUGUUGAGUGUUGUAAUAUAUAAAUACAAUAUAACAUUUUUUAUUCAAGGGGGAAAAAAAGAGGAGAGAAUGAUCCUAAUGGUCCUAGCUUUGUCUCCCCAAACCAAGAUCAUGUUUGUCUCGCUGACUUCACUAUGAAACUAAGAGAAACUUAGUGUUAUGGUGUUUAUUGUUGAUAUUUUUGGUGGAGUUUACUGGGUCCAAGUUGUAAUGGAAUGUCUGGUAAUUGCUUUUGUACUGUGUGUCAUCUUCAAUAUGCUACAAUGGAAUUAAAUUUGAUAAAGUUUA